GUUUCAGAGUGAGAAGGACGAAGACACGGUUGGAAUUUGUGUGGCGAAGUUGCAGUGACUCUUUAAGGAGGGUAUUAUGUUUUUGUCGAUGAAAUAUACAGAAUAUGCAAUUAAAAGAUUGCAUUUUGCAUCGUAUUAAGUUCCAGUGUCACUGCGUGCAAAUAAAGUAUUCUACCUAGUGCAGGGUAGACAGAGAACUAUAUUUGAGCUACAUUACUUUUCAGCUGAAAGUGGACAGGCGACGUUCACGGCCCUUGGACCCGUUAACCUAAACGCUGGCUAACGCACUAGUACUGUCUGGAGCUGCUGAACUUAUAUCAAAGAAACACGCUGCCCAUACAGCCCAUUGUUUUAUUAAACCUCAAGCCAUGCUGAUUUGAUGUCAUUUGCUGAACUCGAAGGAACCCGGAAUUGAGGAGACCAUCCCGAGUUCAAGAGUAGGAAUUCCGAGUAAAGGGGGCAUUUUCUUUGUUUUCACUGUUCAGAGGUUCUGGUCAACUGGUCUAUGCAGUGGCACAACAAUUUUUCCAGCUCUAUAACCACAGCUUUAGAGUUCCCAGAAUAAGACACUCAAUCCGACUCCCAUACUAGGCAAAACCUGAGAGAUGGUCAAAAAGUAAAGGAGGUGGGAAGGAACUGGACGCAAACCAAUUGCCUCUAUGGUUGCUGGUGAAUGCUUCUUCAUUUGUCUUGACAGCUACUGAUAAAGGUAACAUUUGCAAAGUGAAAGGGAGAAAAGCUCUGGGACAGGUUUAUAAUCUAUUGCUGCUGCAUGGAGGAGUAACAGAGGAGUCAGACUCGUGCUGGUCACCAGCGGAUUUAUGCACUGCAGGGGAUCAUGGGAAAAGAACAGGAGCUUCUGCAGGCAAUUAAGAAUGGCGAUGUGUCUUCCACGCAGAAACUACUGGCAAAGUUCAAAGGCAGCAGAAACAAAUUAUUAAGCUCAACCAAGAGACUGAAUAUCAACUAUCAGGAUCCAGAAGGAUUUUCCGCACUUCACCAUGCUGCUCUAACAGGGACAACAGACCUGCUUUCUCUGUUAUUGGAAGCGCAUGCCACUGUGGACAUCAGAGACAGCAAUGGAAUGCGUCCGCUGCAUUAUGCUGCAUGGCAGGGGAAAACUGAUUCUGUGCUCAUGUUGCUCAGAGCAGGAGCUUCUGUGAAUGGAGCCUCACAGGAUGGCCAGAUUCCUCUACACCUUGCUGCUCAGUAUGGACAUUAUGAUGUGUCUGAGAUGCUGCUGCAGCAUCAAUCUAACCCCUGCAUUGUGAACAAAGCUAAGAAAACUCCUCUGGACCUCGCGUGUGAGUUUGGCCGGCUCAAGGUUGUCCAGCUGUUGUUGAGCAGUAACAUGAUUACAGCUUUACUGGAGGGAGACAGUGGGGACACUAUAGAUACUGCCUUCAACACUCCUCUCCACCUCGCAGCUCGCAAUGGACAUAAGGACAUCAUUCGGAUUUUGCUGAAAGUAGGAAUCAACAUCAACAGAGUCACCAAAGCAGGUACUGCUCUCCAUGAAGCUGCUCUCUAUGGGAAGACAGAGGUAGUACGGCUGCUGUUGGAUGCUGGAAUUGACGGUAACAUUCGUAACUCUUAUAACCAAACAGCCCUGGACAUUGUCAAUCAGUUUACAACUUCUCAUGCCAGCAAAGACAUCAAACAGCUCUUACGAGGUGCUGGAGCAACACAUGGAUGGUCGCUGGAAGGGCCACAUCCACGACAGCCAGAGAGGCACAGACCGCGUGGGCUACUUCCCACCCUCCAUAGUGGAAGUCAUCAGUCGUCGCUAUGUGUUGGUUCUUGGUCACCGUGGAGAACCAUAUCCCUUCUAUCCUGGUUACUGAGUUUGGCUGGACAGCCAGCAGUCCUGAUGUUUUCACACUUCUGCUGUUUCACAGUGGAGGAGCCCACUGUGCUUCAGGGAAUAUUCAAAGGGGGCACACUGUCUCGCCAUUGCUCUAUGCCCUGCCAGAGGCAGCAGUUGUCCAGAGCUCAACUUUCUUCCAGUCUGAGCAUGAGCUCCUCUGUCACCCCUAAAACUGAUGACUCAUAUACCCCUAAUUCCCAUCUGGCACCAACCCACGAAAUCUGCCUAAGCACCAACCGAGGUGGCUCCCCCAGCAGCUGCACUCUGCCUUUUCUUGAGGACAUCUGGGUUCUGAGGAAUUCCUGUGCAGCAGGAGACAGGAACAGUGUGGGUAGCACUGGCAGCGUUGGGAGCACACGUAGUGCCGGUAGUGGGCAGAGCACAGAAAACACCACCACCUCGAAUGGCCUUCCCCAGCAAAACACCAACGCUGAUGCCAGCAAACCACCUGUGUCCCUUGUUGGUGAUCCAGAACAACUGGACCAUCACAAACAGCCAGACCACAGUACAGGCAUUCAUCGAAGGCCAGUGCUUGCUGUGCCCAGAGCAUUAGAGCAGAGCUUCUUUCAGCAGUUUGUGCGACCACAGCAGCUGCUUGAGGGCAGGCAGGAUGCUGAAGCAAUCUACCAGUGGCUGUGUGAGUUUCAGCUGGAGCAGUACACUUUUAACUUCCUCAACGCAGGCUAUGAUGUCCCCACUAUCAGCCGAAUGACUCCUGAGGAUCUCAAUGCUAUUGGUGUUACAAAGCCAGGCCACCGGAAGAAAAUCUCAAUGGAGAUUGGAAACCUAAGUAUUCCAGAGUGGCUGCCUGAAUAUACACCAGUGGAUCUUGGUGAAUGGCUCAAUGCUAUAGGUCUGCCUCAAUACCAUAAGAGGCUGCUAGACAAUGGCUAUGACUCCAUCAAUAUUGUAAGAGACCUCACAUGGGAGGACUUACAGGAGAUUGGGAUCACUAAGCUAGGUCAUCAGAAGAAGAUCAUGCUGGCAGUAAAGAAGCUUUCUGAUCUCCAUAAGGCUCUCCUCCAGGCCGAGUCAGGUCAGGGCACUCUGCGCUGCAAACAUCCGACUGCACUGGACCUGCUCCCUAUUGACGGGGGUGACCCUACCAUGCCCUGCACACACAAAAUGCUCACCUUCCAGGCUAGUGAGCUGAGUGCUCAGCUACAGAGUGCCAUGGCAACACAGUAUGCUGACCUACAGGAGGGCCUGGCUAUCAAGAAUGCUGUGGCUAGGUCAGUGAGCCAGGAGAGCAUUGAUGCUCGUUCUGGUGGUUCAGGCUGGUCACAGGAGAACCCCAUCACGCCUUGCUCCCUCUCAUUACCUACCACUUGUCACAGCCAGUCUCAGGACAGUCAGCUCAGCCCUGACAACAGCACUUCAAAACAGCGAAACAUUCCAGAAGGCCAAGACCAGCAGCAAAAAAGGCCCAUUGGUUCCUCUCCCUCAUACAUAAUGAUGGAUGUCAAGCCCAAACCAGGCAGCUCUUUGGCACAGAAAGUCUUCAGCUACUUGCAUGCUAACAGCGGCACAGCCACCCUGGACCACAGCUCGCCUGGAGUGCCUAAAAGGCACAUGCAGAAUCUCACACGCUAUGCGCUGUCUGAUGGUGAGCCUGAGGAAGAAGAUGAUGAACAGCUGGCGAUGCCUGCCACCACUGCACUGCCAUCUUACGCCACACUGAGCCGCCGACCUGGACGUGGGCAGCUCAUCCGAGCCCAGUCUACUCCAGAGCAGUCAGUUAACCGUAGCCACUCAUUUGCAGUCAGAACCCGACGCAAAGGUCCUCCCCCUCCUCCACCCAAGCGCCUCAGCUCUGUCAGCAGUAGUAGCUGCGGCACUGAGACCGCAAAAUCCCCAGUCCCACCUAUAGGCCAAGUGGAGACUGACAACCCUGAAAGUGUCAAAAGCAUUGCACCUACUCCAGAAACAGCCAUAAUGGGCCCCAGGGCUAAACUCUGCCAGGAAGGCAAAACUGCCCUUUUUGGGUCUUCUGAGAUUUCCAGGAGAAGGGUUGUGAGCCAGAGCGAAAAUAGCAUGUGUCCACAGGCUAAAGGAGAUGACCGAGUUGUUAAGUCAGACUCUGAGGAGGAUGAGGGUGCUAAGGAUGCAGGGCUGGACAGUUCUUCUUCGCCUCAAAACAGCUCUGGAGAGUGUAUCCCCUUUGCUGAGGAGGGCAACCUCACCAUCAAGCAGCGGCCCAAAGCAGGCAAAGUUGACAGCACCACUGAGGCUCCUGAGAAAGCAAAGUCAGCUAAGGUGCCAGAGCUGCCAGAGUUUAAACUGAAGGAAUCAGGCACAGUAAAGAGACGCCAUAAGCUGAAGGAGAAGGAUCAGCCACUUGACAUGCCCACUGGCAGAGGAGAAAGUGAGCAGCAGUGUCUAAAUGCAGUUAAUCUGCACAGUGAGGUGGCAAUUACACCACCAUAUGUGCAACCUCUAGUUGUGCAGAAGAAGACAUCUUGUGUGAAGACAUCUCUCUCCCCAAAACUAGCCAGUCCUCCAAAAACUGCACAUCAUACUACUAAUCUCCAUCAGCCUGCUCCUGCAGUCACAGCUGGACAACAAGGUGUCUUGCUGAGUGUGGUGCAGAAUGUGGCUUUUGCAGUACCCACAUCUUCAGAGACAUGUUCUCUAGUAGCUGUGCCUCCAAUUCAGAAGGUGACAUCAGGAAAGUCUCAGGCAUGUGUGGAGGCUAGUCCAGAGUCCAUGCUGGUGCAGCAGAGACUGGAUCAGACCAGCUCCUAUCUGGAGAAGGCACUGAAGGCUGUGGAGAAAAAACUUACUUUGGAGGACAUGAAAGAUGGAGGGUGCAACACAGUGAAGUCUGCAGGGAAUAUUCUGGAUGACAUCGGGAACAUGUUUGACGAUCUGGCAUACCAGCUGGACGCUAUGCUUGACUGAACUUCCCUCUCAAAAGUCAUACUGUAGCUCAGAAAGAUGGUUGGAUGUGAUGUAGGAGAGAGUUUAAAAAAAAAAGGUGGUAGGCAACGUGAGCCUGUCUACAGAACAGUUCAAACCAUUGACUAUUAAUCUGCUUUCGUUUACUAUGAUAUAGAACUUUGCUGCUUGGUGGGUUUACAAAGCAAAAAUUAAAAGGGACGCAACAUAUUCUACAAGGUCUCUGAACUCAAGUUUGAACACCAGCCAUUUCCUUUAACUCCAUUAAUGACUAUUUAUGCUUUAUACACUAAAACACUAGUGUCCACCCUCCUGAGCAUAGGCUACUGCUGUUUAGCCUGAGGCUUUUUCUACUUACCCAUCUCAUCAUGUCCAUAUUAGACAGUAACAGUUACAGCUAUUCCAGUUUAUGUAGCUAAUAAAUUUUAUUUUUUUUAUUGUUUUUAUGUCAACAAAACGCGUACAAUUUAAUAUGGCAGUUGGACCCAGAUUAAGAGCUGUACUCAGGAGAACAAUUCCACGGACAAUAAACCAGAAAUACUAUAUUCUUGCACCAAGACUUUUUGCAACUUGUAUGUGUGUAUUUAAAAUGUGUUUUUUCCUAGUCAGUUCAGUUAUGACUAGUUUUAUAUCAAAUUUAGCUGCCAUUUUAAAAUGUACUUGCCUUGGUGUCAAUAAAAUUUAUAACAUGGAUUACAAUUUUGUGUGUAGAAACAACAAAGGUUUUCAGUAGUAAUUACUGUAAAGGGGAACACAUCACCUUUUGCAACACAAAGUUUUGCCAGUGUGGAAUUAGAGGGGAAGUAGAUGUAUAAUGAAUGAUUACUAUAUUAUAUACAUUCACUAUUUUUGAAAAAUAAAAAUGCAUAUUAGUAAAAAAAAAUGUAUUUAAAGAUGUCAGAUAUGUAUUUUGUACACAAACAGUAUAUCUGAUUGAGGAACUGUAUGUCCUGCCAAAACAUUUUUUUUCUUCAAAUAUUCAUAUGAAUUUUCCUUCUUUAACUAUCAAACGUAUAUUGUUAAAACUAACAGUUUUGUUAUGUACAGUUCUGAUUAUAUUGGUUAGUUUUCUUUCUGGUUUUCCCCACUAUUAAAGCAGUUGUAUGAUUA